AUUGGGAUUCAACCCAAACCGGAAUUCAACCACUCUCACUCUCACUCUCACUCUCACUCUCACUCUCAGUUGCUUAGUCUAGCUUCCGCCGCGCCGCUUAACGCCUGAAUGGAGGGUGACCGACUCCGCCGCAGCGCGGCUUGAAUCGUAGAAGCAGCUUAUGGGGGCCGGUGUACGCUUCACGGUGUUUACGUAUCGCGAAACGAGAUUGCAGAGCUUUAGUUUCGAGGAGGUGGAUUUGAAGGAUGAUUCUGAUCUGGUAACAUCUGGAUUUCCUGUUGUUUGUUGUGAUGAAGGAAUUGUGAGUGAAGACUUUCCGACUGUGCCUGGAUUAUGCCGUGUCGGUGGUGCCUUGUUCAUGGUCGGAGGGAUGUUAAACACCACAAAGCCGUGUUCGAAAAAAUGGUUGUGGUCUGCACCGCCACCACCAUUACCCGGUGGUUCUUCUACCAUGACUUGGACUCGUUGCGACGCUGCUAUGGAUUCAGGGCGAUUAUUCCCUAUGGUAGUCCCGUUACACGAUGGCAGGGUAUUCAUCUGCGGGGGCACUUCUGAACCCAAAAGUUGGGUUGAGAUUUACGACCCGGAGAAAGGCGAGUUCGACCGGAGGGACUUGCCUGACCAGACCUUGAAUCCCUUCCCAUCCUCUUGCUUUCGGUGGGCCGACCAUUCGGUUAUGCUGUACUUCACUAGGAUUAACAUAAAAGAACAAGUCUCCAAGCCAUCUCUCGUCUUGUACGACGUGGAAAGAAACAAUUGGGAAAUCUUCGCAGAGAACCUCCCCGACUCUGAACUCUUUCAUUUGGAUAAGAGGAAGCUCAUAUAUGUGGGGGGAAACAUUCUGUUCAUGAUCGACCAAGCAUCUUGUUGGUUUGUCUACGAUCUCUCUGCCAAAAAAGUGGUGGCGAAGAUGGACGUGAGGGUUGAGGAUGGGGAAGGGGAAGUGAUGCAAGCUUUUUACCUCGGCAACAAUGAUAUUCAAAAUACUAGUUGGAUCUUCUACAUAUUCCUUCCUGAGGUGAUUCACCGUUACGGUUACACUGAUCUUCGUUAUGCCAAGGUCGAAGUCGUCCAAGGCAAGGGUGGGGAUUACGCUGCUACUGUUCAGUUGAGCGGUCUUCUGAGAGUUGGUUACCAUACCGAUCUUUAUAUUAUUGCUGAUGACGCGAGCCGUAAGGGAGCUGCGAAGGAGGAGCUGUUGAAAGAGAAAGAGGAGGAUGAGAAGUGAAUGAAAGCAUGCUUCUGGUACACUGAAGAUGAUGAACUAACUAUAUGUACAUAUAUAUGCUUGUGUAGCUGAAUUUAGUUAUGUUUUGUUUGGAUUUUAACGGUGGUAGUUGAUUAAGAUGGUUGUGAUUAAAUUAGAGGCAUCAUGUUGAA